AUGAUCGCCAGGCUUUCUCUUCUUUGCGUUGCUCUCGCUGCCUUCCAAGGAGCAUCUGCUUUUGCCCCUGCUCACCAGCAAACAGGUCGAUCCAGCACAGCUCGAGACAUGGCUCCAAAGUUCGAUCCAACCACCCAAAAAUGGAUUCCUCAAAAUGACGAAGAAGCCACUCCAGCCUAUGGGCCAGUUGGUUCCUUGAUCCGCGCCGGUCCCCUCCCAUUCGUCCAGCGUGUUCUCAAUGGUGAGGAAUACGAACAAGGAGUUUACAAGAUGAUGGCCACCGAGAAGUGCGAUCGGCUUGAGGCCCAAGGAAACAUGGACGCUUAUCUCGAAAACCCACAAGACUGGGCCGUGCAAAAGAUGGCCGAAAAGAAGGGAGCACCAAAGAGAGAUUACGGAAACGCCAAUACAUCGCCAAAACAGCUUAUCCUGUCUGGUAUCUGGGCCUGCAUCGUCUUCUACUACGCAUACGACCUUAUCUCUGGUUACGCGUCAGGUCAUUAUGGCUUCGUUGAUCUCAUGGAUCCUCCAAUCAAGAAUCCGUCUUACAACCAAUACUUCAGCUGGAUGCCUUAA